AUGGAAAGAGGGGAUGUUAUGUCUGGGCUAGCUGAGCAGUUUAUGACCAACUGGACUUCAAAGGUCUUCAGAGAUCGAUGUGUGGCUCAGAUUGAAUCGGUUCGUGUUGACUCCAAGCCACAAGAAAACUCAUCGGAUCCUGUUGAGACAUUCCUGGCACAGAGGUCAAGUAAACAGCUGGAAGAGUUUGUUUUUGAAAAGUCAAAAACAAGGGAAGAUUACGUGUCCCUAGUGGCAGAGAUGUUGAUGAUGUUGAGGCAGCAUGCAGGAAAACCAUUGGUCAACACUGAACUGUUGGAAACAGCCUCACCCCAGGAUCUGGCAGCAGCUGGGUUCACACCCAACGGUGUGGCUGGGCAGAAAGAGGACAGCAGCAGGAAGAGCCAGACAGAGUAG